UGGGCCGCCGCCUCGGGCCUCCUCCAGUUGUGCCAGCCCUCACGACAUGACGUCAUGACGUCGCAGAUUCGAGGCGAACACACUGCGAUACGAUUAUUACUGUCUGACUACUCCUAUCAUGCUGGUCAAGGAGUAUCGGAUACUCCUGCCGCUGACCGUCGAGGAGUAUCGCAUCGCGCAGUUGUACAUGAUACAGAAAAAAAGUCGUCUGGAUUCCCAUGGCAAAGAUAGCGGUGUGGAAAUCCUUAGCAAUAAACCAUAUAAGGAUGGUCCAGGCGGUUCGGGACAAUAUACGUUUAAAAUCUACCAUAUUGGUAGUAAAAUACCAGUUUGGAUUCGCAGCAUUCUGCCAACAAGUGCACUUGAAGCCCAUGAAGAAGCUUGGAAUGCUUAUCCAUACACGAAAACGAGGUAUUCAACGCCGAUGAUGGACAGAUUCAGCCUGGAAGUGGAAACUGUCUACUGUAAUGACUCUGGUACCCAGAACAACGUCUUCAAAUUAACUCCGGAAGAGUUGAAAAGUCGGAUAGUGGACGUCAUGGAUUUCGUUAAGGAUCCAAUUGCAUCCCAUGACUACUGUCCUGAAGAGGAUCCAAAAAUAUACAGUAGUCAAAAGACUGGCCGAGGCCCACUGACAGAUAAUUGGGUAGAGGAAUGUGUAAAGGCAGGAAAGCCUGUCAUGUGUGCUUAUAAGAUCUGCAAAGUGGAGUUUCGGUACUGGGGGAUGCAGACCCGUGCAGAACGUUGGAUUCACGACUUGGCACUGAGAAACACGAUGCUUCGUGCGCAUCGGCAAGCGUGGGCAUGGCAAGACGAGUGGGUAGGAUUAACAAUGGCUGACAUUAGAAGGCUAGAAGCGGAAGCCGCUGAGCAUCUAGCAGCUGUGAUGACGAACGAGGCCGAUACUGUCGAGGAAGAGUCAGAUGAUGACGCAUCAUCGGGUGACAUUUAUUUUGACUGUAGCGAUGGUUCAUCCCUAAAACACAAGCCAUCAAUUAUUCGAUGGAGCUCCGAACUAGAACUCGAAAUUGCGGAUGAACACUCGCCACCACUAACACCAAGUGCAGGAGCAAAUACAGCGUUGUUGGUGAUAGUAUUUCAUGGGGAAUUCUGCCCGGACAACCCGGCAGACAAGGCCACUGAUACGACCACGUUCAAAUCCACCAUAAAUUCGUUGGUUCAACGGCAUUAUCCACAGCUGCGGGGUCGAGUCCACGUCGUGACAGUCCAUUGUGGUUCCGAGCUGGAUCCCGUCGUCAAUCGCCUCUCGUCGAUCUCUGCUUCUUUCGGAGCACUUCUCCCGGCACUUUCACUUAUUAUUUCAAGCGCUCAAAAUCUCUUCCUCGAGGCGAUUGAGGGAACAAUACGACGAGCAAAUGAAGCCUACAGCGACUUUAUCGAGACUCAGCCGCAGUUCAAUGGCGAGAUUUUUGUUGUGGGUGAUUCCAUGGGUGGCCUUUUGCUCUACGAAGCAAUGACAAAAUUCGAAUUUCCUACAAGGCAGCCGAGUGUCAGAGCAAGAACUCCUUUACAAGACAUCGAUGAGGUCUCCAACCAUUCCUCCCCGGAAGCUCUAAAUCAUAAAUCGCCGAAAGUGCAGCAUCACAAUAGCACAUUAUCAUGCCCGAGCCUUCGAAAAAAGCCCUCAAUAGGAGCUGCUUCCAUAGAUAGCAUAACUGUGCAAUCUCGUCUUCACUUCCAACCGUCUACAGUUUUUCUCCUUGGGUGCCCUUUAGGACUGGUAUUGAUGCAGAAGAAACUGGCUGGAUAUGACAUAGAAGCUUUGGAAUCAUGUCAGUUAUUUAACCUGUACUAUUCUCUGGAUCCAUGUGGAUCACGCUUAGAGCCAGUGUUGAAUCCAAACUUGAGUAUUAUGCAGCCAGCUAAUGUGCCGAGAUAUCAGCGCUACCCAUUAGGUGAUGGACACCAGCUGUAUUUCGACUCUAGUGUCGAUCUCACCCACCUAUGGGGUAACAAGCGCAUGGACCACGUUUUGUAUUGCCCUACAGCGAUGGUAGCUCUACCGUCAUCAGCUCUCCCGAACAUUCUUCAUGCAUCCUACUGGGAAUCUCUGGAUACAGCGGCUUUUGUACUGCGACAGUUUGUCAGAAGCGAAGAGACCGUACCACUGACGCUGUCAGCAAGCAUGAACAAUCUUCCUUUGAAGAUUGAGCUACCACCUUUGCAGUGGAAAAGGAGAAGAACAAGGUUCAAGAUUGCUAAUUUGUCUCCCAAUCACCGAGCAAAUGAUGUCUUGGUUGUCGCCGGUAACGAACUCAACGUAACAGCAAAGUUCUGCUAUGGACCGAUGGAUCUCACUGCGCUUUCAAGAGAGAAUGUUUCCGCCUUUAUUUGUCCGCAGAGAGGCGACUGGUAUGAAGUGGGCGUUUUUGAGACCGAUUCUCAUGGACGCCUGGCGUUAUCGCUGGGAACUUCACUGCCAUGUGGAAUUCACUCCGUCAAGAUGGUUGUACAUGGUGAUCGUUCAUACCUGGAUUCUUUUGUGGCGGUCGUUCCAACCACAACUCAAUGCGUAGUUUUCUCCGUAGAUGGCUCGCUAACAGCUUCUGUUUCCGUUAGCGGGAGAGAUCCACGGGUUCGGGCUGGAGCUGUGGACACCGUCCGAUAUUGGCAUGAAUUGGGUUUCGUGAUUCUCUACCUCACAGCACGUCCGGAUAUGCAGCAAAGAGUAGUAUCGGCGUGGCUGGCUCAACAUUGUUUUCCACAUGGUCUCCUUUUGUUCAACCCUUCGUUCUCAACGGAUCCGCUCAGGCAAAAAUCGCUCCACUUGAAACAUAUCACAGACAUGGGAAUCAAGGUGCAUGCAGCUUACGGGAGUAGCAAGGAUGUAGCAGUGUACUGUAGCGCUGGAGUGGAGCAAAACAGGAUAGUAUCUGUGGCAGGAAGUCGGCGGAGGAAUUGUAUAUUUAUAGAAAGCUAUUCUCAUCAUCUCGAAGAGCUCAACAACGGAAAAUCCCCUCUUUCUCAACCAGUGGAGAUGUCCGAACAAAUCAACGCUCUAGGAUUCGCAGCCGCGCAUCGAAGCGUGCAACGAACGGCAUCAUUCACUCCGCGAGGUGGAAAAUUUGAGAACGAUCGACGAUGACCUCAACUGAUCUUUCUCUAACACAUCUCUUCAUCAAGACUGACGAUCAAGGAGUGUAUAGAUAGUAAUACCAACAGAAUUUUCGACCAAAUCCUGAUGAAAUCACUCUUUGUUCCCAUCGCCCACUAAUCCACGCUAUUGUCAUUGUAAUCUUGAGAUUACCUUAUUUGUCACAGCGACUGAUGUUCCUAGAGAAUCUGUCAUGCUUGGGUUCAGCAGCUG